UCAUGUUUGGGUGGUUCCUGGUUGUUGCAGGCACAUUGGUUCCCGCCUUUUUCGUUCUUCUCUACAGUAUGCAAUGGGGGAAGCAGAAAUCAGAGGAAUGGCUCACAUCCUUCCUUCUGUCAAACUUUGAAUCCAUGCUUUUUGUUGACCCAGUCAUGGUGAUGUGUUUUGCCUUUGUUCUCGCCUGCCUUUUCCGAAAGUCGAAAGGGGAAGCAAAUGUUGAUAUGGACAACGUAGUUCAGAAUUAUAAAAAGCUUACAGGCGAAGACAAGAAUGAUUAUAUGUCGUCGACAAUAGCGAUUUUGAAGAAAAUAAAAGAUGAAUAUUUGUCGUAUAAAUCGAAUCCUAGAAACGUGUCGAUGCCCAUGAAUCAAAAAGAGAUGAAAAAGGCGGCAAAGCAAAGGCGGCUGGAACUGAACUUGAUCAAAUGCAUCCUGGACUUCAUCUUGACUACACUUCUCAUGUUUAUUGUCUGCGUUAUAGCGUUUGCUAACCGGGAUGAUAUGUCUUACUAUCAUCGACAGGAGCUUAUGCGGCACUUCGUUUCGCCAGCACACCUUCCAACUUUUGAGUCGAUUAUAACUCAAAAGGAUAUGUUUAAUUGGAUCAAAUACACGAUGAUACCAAACCUGUUUCCGGAGACCGAUAUCAACGGGGAUGCUUUACACUGGUAUUACCGCACAUUUAUGACAGGCCUGAACAACUACAGGUUAGGGCCCCCGAGACUGCGUCAGCUGCGUACACAUGCAGGUUUCUGCAACAUACCAUACUUUGGUAAUAACACCUGCUACGGAGGAUACAACCUUCUAGAUGAGGAGACGGAGGGCUACUGUAUAGGAUGGCAAUCCAAACCGUGUUCUAUGGUCCAACAAACCUUCAACAUAACCGUAGACGCUUGGUCUUUUACUUCAGCGCUCGAUAUAUGGGGUCUACCGCUAACUGGUUUCUACACGACAUACGGGGGCGGAGGAUACAUCUCGCCAUUUGAUGUUAACAAGAAUGUGAGUGUGGACAUCGUCGAAGAAUUAGUUAAAAACCUGUGGGUCGAUCGUCAAACUAGAGUGGUGUUGUUUGAAUUUACAUUGUUUAGUCCAGAAACAAACAUGUUCAUCUACAACGUCUUCAUGGUUGAGUUUCCGCAGACAGGUGGAGCAUUUAAAACUUACUGGAUCUAUCCGAUCAAAUUGUAUAACCACGUUGGACCGAACGGCAUGUUUGCCCUUGUAUGUGAAGUCAUAUUCGUUAUCUAUCUUCUGGUCUUGUUUUUCAAAAUAUGCUUGCGAAUAUAUCAGCAAAGGCUGAAAUACUUUGGCCAAUUUUGGCAAUCCUACGAGUGUGUACUAUUUCUAUUGGGUGGAUCAACAUGUGUGAUUUAUUUCAUAAGGUCGGGCUUUACAGAUAGUACCAUCAGCAAAUACAGAAGCGACUUUAAACGGUUUGUGAACUUUAGCCAUAUAGUGCUUUGGGACGAAAUUCUAGGUGUCUUGUUAGCAAUAAUAGUCUUUAUGUCAACUAUUAGAAUACUUGAAGUAUUUGCUACCUUAAAGAAGGUUAGUAGCAUUGUGAAAGUAUUUGAGCAGUGCGGAAAAGAUUUGUUCUGGUAUGGAGCUACGUUUGUGUACAUACUUCUAGGAUUUGCUUUCUUCGGGUGGUUUUUAUUCGGACCAUAUCUACUGUCGUACAUGAGUAUCUACAAAUGUUUGACCACUUUGUGCCUUUCAAUGAUUGGUAAGAGCACGUUUACGGAAAUAGACGAAACGAAUCCGAUCUUGGCUAAAAUAUGUUUCACCUUUUACAUAAUUGCAGUAGUGUUUUUUAUAUUAUCAAUAUUUUUGUCAAUACUUGGUGCAAGUAUAGACAACGUUGUCGACAACAAGACAGAGGACACACACAAAGACAUUAUUAAAUACAUGAUGGCUAAGUUUACAAAGAUGUUCAAUAAAAGUGGAAACAAAGAAAAGCAUGUCAACGUGCCACUUGUAAGAGAAGAGGUCAAGCAGCCGACGCUAUACAAGUUGUACAAUAUGGAGAAUAAGGGAACGCAUAAGAAAAGCUAUUGCAAACCAGGAGGACGAAAAUAGCAAGCCUCUAAGAAAACGCCGAAGAUGCAUCAAACCGCUAUCAGGCACUUUUGAUUCGGUGUAAAUGUUUGAGCUUACAUGUGAUAUUAAACGUGUAAUAAUAUGCAUAAAUAUGCAUCGAAUUAUUGAUACCAUUGUUUGGAUACUGCUUAACUGAAAAAACUUAAAUAUCUACAUCGAUGUUAAAUGUUCCUUCGAUAUUAUGGACUUUUUGAUGAAACCAAUUUAUGAUGCGAUUAGUUCUGUGGCAUUUGUUUCAACACCCAACAGUACCGAUGAUUACAUUUUAAUUUAAACAUGUUCUCCGGGGAGCAUAUUAUACGUUUGGUGAUGCAGACGAUCUUUUUUGUGAUUAUAUUUUUUAUCUGCAUUAUUGUUUGUACAGAUUCAUGGUUACGCGAUAUUUUUUGCAGCGUACAAAAUAUUGUGUAUACUACUUAAAAUAUAUGUAUGAAUUUCAUUAUUAUAUUUAAAAAAACAAUAGUGUUAAAUCUCGAAAAAUAUGUUUUGCUCGCCGCUGAUUUGGCUAUGAUCAAAUUAUGAUCCAUCUAUAUGUCUAAAAAUGUGUUUGCAAAGUUUUGAAUUAGUUCUGCACGAUUUUUUUGUCUUAAAUGUUUCCAAUGGAAAAAUAACAGUGGUAGGGUUAAACCAUAUUACAAUGUUUAAUAUGUAUAAUGCACGAUGCAAGUCCCUGGUAUAUUGAAAUGUAAUUCGGUUUAAAUUAAUUUGAUGAAAUGUUCUGUUUUUGUAAGCACAAUAAAUGCAGAUGGUUUCAAAAAAAUAUUUAUUAAUCAGUCUAAAGUAGUUUUUGUGUUGAUGUUCGCAGAUAAGCUUUUAAAUAUUAUCUCAUGAUUAUUAACCUUAUAUGCUUAUAUUAUUUAAUAUCGUUUGUGUAAUGUGUUUUCUUUUAAUAUAGUAAAAUCCUAGCGAUCAAAAAUAUUGUACUGAUAGUAUUUAAAACUGAGCCGAUAUAAAGUUUUUCAAAAAGAUGAACUUUGAUUGUCUGCACGUAAAACACUUGUACUGUAAUUUCCUAUGGAGUAAUGCUUUUGAUACCGGAGGUAAUAUUGGCGUGUUUCAACAAAAAUGGCCUGUCUGUAUACCAUUAUAAAAAUUUAAGAGCUACUUAGCUAAUUAAGCCAUCAAAGACAUCCCUUUAUUAUUAUACACAUUUAAACACGCGAUUUCUUGAAUUAUUCUGUAAAAAUUGUAAGACUCAUUCACUUUUAUUGUUUUAUACCUCAAUGAUAUUAUGAAUGUUAAUGCGCAAAUUAUACGUACAAACAACGUUUUAUAUAUGGCAGUAUUCAACAAAUAAAAUACAUCAUUUUAACUAAGCGUAUAAGACUUGACUUAAAGGCGUGAUCUGUGUGACUAAAAAAUCAAUUUAACAUUUUUGUAACCAUGACAAAAGAAUAUGAUAUCAUUUGCAUAAGAUACAAGUGGUGUGCUUUGUUGUUCUUUUUUUGGAUUCCACAGUGAAAAAGAUUUGUAAACACAAAUGUAAUACAUAUAUUCUCAAAUGUGAUGACGUGUAUUGCUUUUAACAUCAAAGUGUUAACAUUACUAAGAGUGUUCGAUCAGAUGACACAAAACAAGCUUUACAACAUAAUUCACAAAACAUGUUAAUUAGCAUUUGAAAUUAUGCUAUUACAUACUUAUGGCGCAACGUAAAUAAUUAGUAAUAUUCAAAUGUAAAGGGGAACAUGACGAUAUAAUAAAUUACAAAUUAUGUAGAAUCAUAAUAAAUAAUUAUGACAUCGGUUCAAGAAUUUCGACCUUAGUUUUUCUACAUUUAGUUCAUUAUACCCGGAUGCCUGAAAACACUCAUCGGAUGACUAUCAGACAAUUUUGUAAUCUAGACAUAGACUAUUUUGAAAGUAAAUACUCUAGUAUCCAAUCAGUACUCUGGCCCAGAUGUCAUAUCUGUUUAAAUAGAUUUUAAACUGACGAAUCUAUUAUGACAAAAUGUUGUUAGAUAGCUUGUCAUAUUCCUUGUGGAUGCCAUUAUAUAAUCUCAUAUAGUAAUAAAAUGUGUUUGUUUUGCGAUUCAAAAUUAUAUACCUAAAAACAAGAAAAAAAAAUCAUUCAACAGGUAUGACUAUCAUAGUUGAGUAAUGCAUGUACGAAAUUUAUAUUACAAUAGUUUUCAUAAUUUAUA